CCCGACUCCCUGAUCCUCUCGUACAACAAUCACCGCCGACCAAGCAAGCGUGCUCCCCUCAAGAGAGAUUCGAAGACAUGCCGGCAUCUGCAAGAAAGAGUAGCAUGGGCCUGAACCGUCGUGGCCCGCAGAAAUAUAUCCCCUACCGUGCCGACGACCUCGAGCACGGGAAGCGCACCGGCCUUGCAGUCGGAAUCAUCGAGCACGACUCGGACGGCUUUGAGCCGUUCGAGAAGCUCAUGGGCCAGGCGGACCUCCGCACGCCGCCAAAGCCCAAGGUGCAGGGCAAGCGACGCCGCCCGAAGGCCCCGCCGGUCGUGCGAGAAGAGGACGACGACGAAGGGGAGGUGUCCAUGGAGCUCGUCGACAGCAACCCGAACAGCCCUGCCACCUACUUCGCCCACGCCCGCGUUGCGAACAUCACGUCGAGCGUGCAGCGCGUCGGCUCUGCCACGCGGCCCGUGGCACGACUUUCAGACGUCGACUUCGACAAGGUGCCCUCGCCGCGGUACAGCUCCCCCGGGCUCGCGCGGCGCACGUCGCUCGGCUUCGCGCUGUCCGCCGGGCCCUCGCACCUCGCGCGGUCGCGUCGUGCAGACGACUUUGAUGACGAGGGCUCGGAGCCGGGGGGCUUCGAUGCGCCGUCGUUCGGAGGUGGAUACGACGACGACAGGCUCCCUGCCUCUGAUCUCGAGUCGGACCCUGAACGCACGCCCGUUGCGCCGCGCAAGCAGUCGCUGGCCAGCACGCGAAAAAGUUUCGCACGGAUCAGUCGGGAGGAGGAGGGACAAGAGGAGGAGCGGGAGCAGCGGGAUGAGGAGAUGCAGGCGGGUAACAAUCAGGAAGAGGAGGAGGAAGAGGUCGAGAGGCGUAUGAGUGGGGAGCAAGCAAAGGCAAAGGGCAGGAAACGGGUAAUCUCAGAGGAACCGGAGGCACGAGAAGAUCAGGAGAUGGAAGAUGAGAUUGCUCAAGGCCUGGACGAGAUAGACCACCAGCCGGAGGAUGACUUCGACGAGAUGGCGCAGGAUGAAGCAAUGGAAUUGCCGAGGGGCGAGGUUCGACGCCGGGAGGAGGACGAUAGCACCGAAAAGGGACGUACAAAGAAGAAGGCUCGUAAAGAGAACGACGAAAAUCCGCCUUCUCCCAAGCCCAAGAGGGGUAGAGCGCGCAAGAAACAGGAUAUCCUUACCGAAAUCGUACACGACUCCAACGUUGACGAAGACGGUUUGCGGCGUGGCAAACGCAUGCGCUACAAACCCUUGGAUUGGUGGCGCUGCGAGAAGGUCGUCUAUGGUCGCCGCGAAUCUGGGCAGCAGCUCGUCCCGACCAUCAAGGAGAUCCGCCGGAUACCGAAGGAGGAAACGCAGCCUCUCGGAGCCAAGCACAAGCGCCGACGCAAGCCUCCUAGCAAGGGCAAGCCUGCGGAAGAAGACGAGCUGCCGAUUUUCUGGAAUCCAGAAGAGGGCUGGGACGACGAGACCAACCCCAUCGCCACCGCUAUCGACUAUGUUACGCAGCAGGAAAUCGAGGCUCGUGUUGCCUUCACGACGAAGAUGGUUAGUCUUAGAGACGCCGCCAACGCCAACUUCAAGUUCCAGAAGAUGUUCAGCGAUGGAUCUUUCCUGGCUGCUGGACAGCUUCUCAUCCCCCCUAAUGGGUCGAAACCCACGAAGAGCACCAAGGACAACAGCUUUAUAUUCUACGUCAUCGAGGGUGGCGUCAAAGUCACCAUUCACCGCACGAGCUUUAUCAUCACCACUGGGGGUAUGUUUUAUGUGCCGCGAGGAAACAUGUAUGUCAUACACAACGUCUCGGACCGUGACGCCCGCCUGUUCUUCGCUCAAGCCCGCAAGGUCGAGAAGGAGGAACUCGACGGAGAGCGUGAAGAUCGCUCCCCGACUUUUGUGAAUUCACCAUCGCGAUAAUUCUAGCAAGUUCUGUUUAUAAGAUAUGUCUAUGUACACCAUUCUCAUGAUUUGUCC